AUGUCUGGACCGGCCCUCGCCAGACAGGCUUGCAGAGUCUGCUCUCGACGACCAUCAACAAGCAUACUCGCAGCGCACCCGAGACCCAUCAUCGCCGCCCCGAGACUCUACUCGCGCAACUAUGUUUCUCAGUCCAAGCCAUCUCAAGCUCAGGUCGCGGAUGUCGAGUCCGCUAUCAAAGCCGACCAGAAGAAAUUCAUCCAACAGAGUGGCAAUCUUCCCUCUCAAACCAAGAUGCCGGGCACGGAAAUUUCAGGGGACACCGCGAUGAGUCCUGCUGCGGGCAUCCUCAAGCAGGCUACAGUAAUGGACCAAGGUUCACGGCCGAUCUACCUUGACGCCCAAGCUACAACGCCCGUGGACCCACGAGUUCUCGACGCCAUGCUUCCAUUCCUGACCGGCCUGUAUGGAAACCCCCAUUCACGAACACAUGCUUAUGGCUGGGAAAGUGAGAAGGCUGCGGAGCAAGCUAGAGAGCAUAUUGCAAAAUUGAUUGGCGCUGAUCCGAAAGAAAUCAUCUUCACCAGUGGUGCAACCGAAAGCAACAACAUGAGCAUCAAAGGUGUGGCGCGAUUCUUUGGCAGAUCGGGCAAGAAGAAGCACAUAAUUACCAGUCAGACCGAACAUAAAUGUGUGCUUGAUAGCUGCAGACACUUGCAGGACGAAGGAUUUGAGGUAACAUAUUUACCCGUCGACUCGAGCGGGUUGAUCAAUAUGCAGCAAUUGGAAGAUGCCAUCAGACCCGAGACGGCUUUGGUCAGCAUCAUGACUGUCAACAAUGAAAUCGGCGUCAUUCAACCCGUUGAAGAAAUCGGAAAGCUAUGCAGGAAGAAGAAAGUAUACUUCCAUACCGAUGGAGCUCAGGCGGUCGGCAAAAUUCCAAUCGAUGUCAACAAAUGGAAUGUCGACCUGAUGUCCAUUUCCAGUCAUAAAAUCUACGGCCCCAAGGGUAUUGGAGCCUGCUAUGUCAGAAGACGUCCUCGUGUCAGACUUGACCCCAUCAUCAGCGGUGGUGGUCAAGAACGCGGUCUUCGAAGCGGAACUCUUGCACCACACCUCGUGGUUGGCUUUGGUGAAGCUUGCCGAAUUGCCAAAGAAGAGAUGGAGUAUGACUCGAAGCGAAUCUCAUUCUUGUCGAAGCGCCUUACCGACGGCUUGCUGUCCCUGGAACACACGUCACUCAACGGCGAUCCAACUCGACGCUACCCUGGCUGUGUCAAUGUUUCCUUUGCUUAUGUCGAAGGAGAAUCGCUGUUGAUGGCAUUGAAGGACAUCGCAUUGUCGUCUGGCAGUGCUUGUACUUCUGCAUCACUCGAGCCGAGUUACGUUCUCCGAGCACUGGGCAACAGUGACGAAAGUGCGCACAGCAGUAUUCGGUUUGGUAUCGGACGAUUCACUACCACGAGCGAGAUUGAUUAUGUUCUCAAAGCCGUUCGUGAACGAGUCACUUUUCUGAGAGAAUUGAGUCCUCUCUGGGAACUUGUCCAGGAAGGCAUUGAUUUGAACACGAUUGAAUGGAGCCAACAUUAG